ACUGUCUGGGCACGAUGCACGGUGGCCUUCUGCCGCGAGAUCUCCUUCCCGAUGGGCGCCUCAUGUGACGACAGCGAUCGCCGUGGACGCCGAGGAGGAUCGAACAGCUGGUCGAAGGUCGGGGCGACAACUGUGCAAACACAUACACAGGGCAGCGUAGACAAGGGGCGGUGCAUGCAUUUUUUGUGUUGCCUUUCUUGCUGCUCUUCAGGACGCUCUUCGGGGGCGUCACUGAGACUCCCGUCGUCUUGCUGCGGGACGGCGCUGUGUUGGUGCCUCUGGUCGAUCGCCGGCGAGGUCCGGUCUCCUCGUCCUCGAAAAGACGGCCGGACUUGUCUGCGGACUUGCCGAUAACCGUGCUGAUGAAGAGGCAUGUGUGCACACAGGAGACAUUUGCUGACUUGCUUUCUGUCUGUCUCUGCUCGACUCUACCUGUUGUCUGCGCCACUCUCCUUUUUGUAGGCCGAGCGGCGGGCCUCUUCCUGCGCCACUCGCUGUCUGUUGCGGUAGCAAAGACCCAGCCAGAGGGCGACCGCUCCGGCGAUCAUCACCAGCACGAAGGUCAGCGGCGUGGCCCACAUCCAGGGCUCAGCGACGCCUGACUCCUUCUGUGAGCCGCUGAGGAGCAUGGCAGAGAGGAUGCACGGGGCGGAGCUGCUGGACGUGCACUUGGUGCCGAAGUGGCGGAUGCUUUUGGGGCAGCACGCAUACACACGGGUGUCGUGUGCUGAGUCAUAGGCGGCCGGGCAGGACUCAUCCGAGCAGCUGGGGCAGACGGCGUCGCAGCAGAUAUGGUAGGCUGGCGAAUACGUGCCGCCUCUCUGGGAGCACAUGUCCUGGAAGGCGCUGAUUUGGUCCUGCUGCGGGUCGAUGGGAGUCAGGUCAGGUGUGGACACAGGCACCGUUGUGCCCUCCUCGGGAGGCGGCUGCGUCGUGCCCAUUGGCGGCACAGUGGGUGCCUGUGUCUCAACCGGCUGUGUCGGUCCAGCGGUGGUCUCAGAAGAUGGGGCAGUGCUGCCGGAAAUCGGUGCUUCGGUGGUGGGCAAGACAGGUGGAAGGCCGCUUGCGGGCUGAGGAGUGAUUGUGUCGGUGGUGUCAGAGAGGUCUGCAGUUGUCACGGGGACGUCUGUGGUCUUUGGGGUGUCUGGCGAGGCCGUGGUGGGGACGACAGGAGGCUGAGUGGGCAGCGCUGAGACACAUAGGCACAUCGACAGACAACCAAGCAAAUGUGUGUGCUCGCCAAGCUUGUGGGAUGGCUGUUGACUGACUGACGUCUGUAGGAAGCAAUCCAGUAGAGGCCGUACGCACGGGUGAUGCCGUCGUUGAGCGCCAUCGACGGAGCCGCGUACUGGUCGUACGCACUAUCCCUGCAUGCUCACACACACAUCCACGCAAUCAUGAAUGAGACCAUUCUGCUUCAUGUCUCAGAGACACAAGGGGUGCACUGAUUGGCUGGCUGACUGGUCAACGAGGGCAAGAUUGCCGGUGAGGAGGAGGCUCUUCCACGAGUUAGUCUGCGAGAGCGUCUCAGCGGGCGCCAUCAGCGGGAUGUACUGCAAAACGCUCUCCCACUCCUGCGGGAGGAAGAAGCAUCUUCAAGUGUGGCCGGGCACCUGUUGCAACGUGUCUUGCCCGUACCUCUCUGCAGAAUUGCUCAGACCGCGACAGCAGCAGAGCAGGUGUCACCGGCAGCAUCUGGUGCACAAAUCAUGUUUGCUCAUGUGUCUCCCGGGUGUGGUGUGUGUCUCGACAGGUGCUUCGCUCACCUGUAUGCCGUGAAUGUACUCAGUGUUGUCACCGAACCAAGUGGCGUAGUCGACUUUGUUCUCGAACAAAAUACCGGACACCUGUCGGACAAGAAGCGUUGACUGACUGACCAGCCUGUCGUGUGUUGUGUGGCCGGAUGUGGACCUUGUUUGGAAUGGACUGCUCAGGGUGGUUCUGGUUGCCGUCGCGCAGAAGGAAGUAGUUCUUGUGCGCACGCCUGUCAUGUGUGGGACAGAAACAGAGUGACAUACGUGCUAAUGAGUGGAGUGGCUGCAUGCUCUGUGCAGCUCACGAGAUGACGUUGAGGAUGAGCCGUCCCAGCGACUGCAUCUCCGUGUUGCCCGUCACCCGCCCCCACACGUGCAUGGCAAAGUAGAAAUUCACCUCUUCGGAAACGCUCUCCUACACACACCCAUAUAUACACACAGACAUUUGUGUGAGCACGCACCAAGCAACAUCCAAGGCAAGAGAUUCACCUGGUCCUUGCCGUCGAUAGAGUAGAGUAUGCCGCGUGACCACGAGUGCCCGCUGUACCAGUCCAGUGCGCGAAACAUGGGGAACCACGUGUCGGCUCUCGAGGGGUUGACCACAUCCCGCAACAUCGUCUGCACGAACACCUUGUUGUUGCCCGCAUCCAGCCAAGAGGGAUCCAGCGACGCCAGGGCGGCCGCAGCAACAAUGUAGUACCCGAAAUGGCUGCACAGCAAGGGAGACAGAGACACAAACAGCAUGGCCUACGUAGGUGUUCGCUGACGUGUGUGGCUGACGCACUAGUGGUGGUCAUUGUAGGCAGGGUUGCCGAAGUCUUGCAGCAGCAUUAGGAUUGGCUGGUUGGCGUUGUCUGCCGCGGUCGCUCUGCCCGCCUCGCUGACGAUGCCGCCCCACGACAGGUCAUACACGAGCCUAUGUGUGUAUGGGACACGCACACAUACACACGCACACACGCACAAUGCCACAGAGCCGGGCCCUCCCUUACUGCGGCGGUGUGGGUGAGCUGCAGGUCCUGUCAAUGAUGCAUGUGAAGGCCUGCUUCAGCUUGUUCACACACGUCGUCAGCAGCUGAGAACUGAGCACACAAACAAACAUACAAACGAAGAAACAGACAAGCAAGGGGGAAAUUCGCGAAGGCGUCAUCUCUCCUCUGUCUCACCUGCCCAUGAGCUCAUUAGCCACCAAGCAGAGGUAACUCAGUUUCUGCAUGCCUUUGCCCGAGAAGUACCAGCUGCCCUUCUGCGUCUCCGUGUCGACGUUGAAUGCGUCGAUCUCCUGUGUGAGGAUGGCGCGGAUCUCCUCCAUUCGCGGGGGCAGUAUGGUGUCAGAGGGAAACAUGAAGGGAAGGUCCUCCAAAGGCCCUUCUCUGAAGGUCCAGGUGUUGCCCACAACCCCUUUCAUCAGACCUGAGGUGGGACACGGAAUGCAGCCUUGGCCGUCUGAUAGCGUCGUUUUCGGACCUUUGGUCUGGGAGGUUGCUGUUAUGGUGGUGGUCUGCACGCUGUUAGUGAAAGUCUCGAGGUGGUGCGGCAGGCACAGAUGCAACAGCUGCAUGCCACUCCUGCCUUCGACCUGCCACUCAAAUGAGUACUCCUCGCCAUUGCUGGCAGCAGACACCUUUAUGUCGCCACCGGUGGGCCACACACCUAGACAUGACACCCAAGACUUGCCCGGAAGGCACUCUCGCCUUCCACAUGUGUACGCACCUGCAUGCGCGUCGAAUAUCUGUCGCUCCUCUGGGCUGGUGAUCAGGGCCAGUCGGAUGACCCCCGUGAAGGGCUGAGCAGCCCGCAGCCGGCGUCGGCCGUUGGCGAGCAGAUCUUGCUCAAACUGGAAUCCGAAAUCGGGUGUCCCGUCGUUGGCCAGGAUAUACGCGCGCCAUUCUUGCCCAUUGUUCAGCUCAAUCUGUGCGACGUUUCCCGUCUGGUUGACGUUGAGGAUGGCGUGCUGUGUGGCAAUGCGGGGGAUGGUGUUGGUGUACUUGGCUGUGACGUACGCCAUGCCCUGCACGAGGGGCACCUCCAUGUGCGUCCGAAAGCCAUCGGUCAGCUGCACUUUGGCGCCCAGCAGCGUUUCGCUGGUCACUGAGUAGUUCACCAGCUGGUCUACUGUGCCUGCAACAGACAGACAAAGAGCAGUCAAUCAUUGACACGCAGCGAAAGCUGUCUUGUCGACCCACCCAGAGUCAUGUCUCGAGUGGCGAAGUCAUUGAGGUAGUACUGAAUGCGAUCGUCCAUCCCCGGCUGCCCCUCAAAUCGCCCCGCGCCCAAAGUCUUCCCCGUCGGCCGCUUCACCUUGACGAGCCAGCUGUCCGUGUCGGCAUCCUCCUCGAGCGUGACUGCGAAGGGCAGGGCGUACACGGGGGCCUGGCUGAAGAGCAGGGGGGUCCAGAACUUGUUGGUCGGGAUGGGGGGCAGCAGAGUGGUGUUGAACGGAGGCUGGUAGAAGCCCUCGCCCUCUGUGACCCGUGUGAAGCGGGGGAAGAGGGAUGUGGGAGGCUCAUCGACGGAUAUGGGCUGCAGCAGGGAGCCACCUGCGAGAGAAACCAUGUGAGGGAGGGACAAAAGGAGUGAGGGAGGGACAAAUGACGUGUUUCGUGGGAUGCCACCUUGCAGUUUUCGGCGUUGCCCGUCAGGAAGGGCGCAGUCCUCUGCCGAAUCACACAUGAUCGA